AUGAAUGACGAACACAACAAACGCCUCUCGGAUACGGUGGACAAGCUACUGUCUGAGUCCAACGAGAGACUGCAACUUCACCUCAAAGAGAGAAUGGCUGCCCUUGAGGAGAAGGUGCUAUACAACUUUGUUAACCAUAUGCUAAAUUAAGCUAAUAUUGCCAUUAAUGAUCAGUAAGUAUUUUUUAUCAACAUAAUCAACAGCAAACAUGAGUAAACUUGGCACAAUCACUUCUCCCCUCAUAUAGAAUUCACUGUCAGAGGAGCUAGCAAACAUGAAGAAAAUCCAAGAUGAUCUUCUAGCAAACAAGGUACAUAUCCUCCCCUUAUUGUAUCCAAUUGGUCAGAUUUCAUUAUGUACGUUGUUGCUGUACUUUACAUCUGUAUAUACAUGGAAUGAGGACAUCAGCUGUACUUUAUACCGAAUUAAAACUGCUAUGAAGACUUUGGACUGCCUUUAGGGCUAUACACUGACUUUUGCAAACCCUUUUUGGGAUACUAGGGUAGAUAGUUUACCCUCACUCUAAAAAGAAAAGGUUCCUGGAGUAUCCUUUAGGGGUUCUUCAAAUUGAAACUGUGGGGGAACCCCUAUAAGUUCUUUGAAGAACCCUUUUCUUCAAAGAACCCCUUUUAAUGUAUCCUCAAAUAACCUUUUGCAGAACCUUUUGGGGUUAAUUUUUUAACUACCCCCCCUCCCCUAUUAAUAUUAUUAUUAAUAAUACGCUUAACAAUAACAACAAUAACACAAUAUUGUAGUUGUCAGUGUUUAUUAUGAUUUUAGUAGCAAAGCAGAAUAAAAAAAUCAAAAUAUGAGGUAAACUCCAAGCAUAUCCUCUGGCAUUGUUAAUGUUCUCCGUAUCCAUAGCCAGAAUGAUUUUGCAGUGCAUAGUGAUCAAGCAGGUUUCCUGUUAUAUUCAUCAGAGGUGUAGGGAGGGUGAAGUCUGUGAAUCCAAAAAAUAGUAGUUAUAUGUACAUAUGAUUAACAAAACAUGCACACAACAGUAUUCAUACCUUGGUUUUUGUGGUAAAUGUGAAUUUAAAAAAAACUGUUUUAAUAAUGGUUUUCAUACACAUACCUUGUCCAUAAUGUAGAGGCCUAUGGGAUAUUCAUUGACGAGGUAAGGGAGGAGGAUGGUACAUCUGAUCUGCAUAACAUACCAAUACCAAUUGUCAUACCUUUGUAUGCCUCCUCAUCUGUAUACCUACAGACACAGACACAAAAGUGAGCAGUUCAGUCAUGUGCACCCAAUACAGCUAGCCUUAAACAUAUUCUUAUAGCAUACAUAUUCUUACCUCUUUGUUGAUUGAUAUCCAUUGAAUUGUGUCCAUUUUUUGUUUUAGAAGGAUUUGCACAAAUAUGAAAAGAUGGAUGGUAUCAUAAAACAAUAUGAAUUUAGAUCAUACAGUACAAGGGACAAAACUUACUUUAAAUUGAGGAGAUCUUUACAUUUUUCAGUUAAGCGCCUGCAUCUGCUGUCUUUCAAAUUCAAAUCCAAAUGUUUCAGUUGGGCAGUUAGGUUCCUGCAAGAACCCCCACAAACUAAGGAGGUUCCUCGAUAAACCCCACCUCCUAUGGGGUUCUUGGAAGAACCGUUUGGGUGCAAUUUUCAGUGCCAAGAACCCUAAGGUUCUUCAAAGAACUUUGAGGAUCUUAGAAGAACCUUUGUUGAACCCCACAUUUUUUGAGUGCUCCCCAGUCUCAAUAUACAACUUCAUCUUAAUCAUCGCAAGGGUUUAUGUGUUUCGCUGCAAGAACUGGAGACCAGUCACACUUCUCUGCACUGAUAACAGUAUUUUGAGACAUAGACUUUGGUGAUUAGUCAGUUCUGUCUAUUCUUUAGUUAUUCUUACCUGCUUCUGAAUCCGUUCUUUGUUUAGUUCUUUUUAAUAGGGCAAUAAAUGCAUGUAAAAAAUUUGGAACUUUUCUUUACUUGAAUAUCAUGUCAUCAUGUACUCUGCUCUCGUCUCUCUCUGCUAGGACCAGCUCAUAGCUGAGCUGGAGAGGAUUCAGAUGGAGCUGGAUCAACUGAGGGGCAGGCCUGGCUCUUCCUAUUCCAGGUUAGCCACAAUGGAGCUUCAAGGGUAUUUAUAAAUACAUUUUAUAAAAGCAUCAAAUAAACACAUUAAAAGCAUAAAAUAAACACAGUAAUGCACCCCUUGCUGGAGGAUGAUAUUAUGAACACUUUACCCCUCAUAAAAUAUACUUUCUAAAUGUUUGUUUUAUAUUUAGCAAAGAGACGAACAGGACAAAGAGUUGAUUUUAAGUUUACGUUGUUAUUCUCACUCAGUUGAUGUAGCAUUCAAUUUUUUUCUAAUGUAAUGAAUGUAACAAAUAAACCAUUAUUGUGAUUAAGGAUAAAAUGUCACAAUAACUCAAUUUGUUUGAAUAUUUGAAAUGUUAUUCAGAAAUGUAAUUUUUUUCAUUUCACAUUUUUUUAUUUUAUUGAGGAAAUGGCGGCAAUACAUUCUGAAAAAUGUGCUAUAACGAAUAAAGCAAUUGUAUUUUCUCAUCUCAUAAAAUCUGAUAAACUCUGUAGGGCGAGCAACGUGAGCUCACUUCCCUCCACCCUUUUUCGAAGAUCUCUUCCAGGGAGUGCCUCAGAGCUCCGGUACCCCCAGGGUGGUGGCUCCCUCCCAGCCGGCUACGGCAGCUCCUCUAGUGGCGUGGUGGUCCGGAGGGCACAUCGCGGCCGAUGGGCUCCCCCCAGGGAUGACAGCAACAAGGUGAGGAUCUCAUCGACUACCUACAGGGCUGUAGCUCCCUGGGGGCCUGGUUCCAUACUGUAUGGGCUAUAGCCAACCUCAUAAAAGAAAACAAAAGAAAUGGUGCACACUCUUAUGGCUCCAAUUUUACAUUUACAUUUGAGUCAUUUAGCAGACGCUCUCAUCCAGAGCGACUUACAGUUAGUGAGUGCAUACAUUUUUUAUUUUAUUUUUCAUACUGGCCCCCCGUGGGAAUCGAACCCACAACCCUGGCAUUGCAAACGCCAUGCUCUACCAACUGAGCUACAUCCCUGCCGGCCAUUCCCUCCCCUACCCUGGACGACGCUAGGCCAAUUGUGCGCCGCCCCAUGGGUAAAUGAAGUAAAUGUAAUAAAUACCAACGUUUCAACAGCUAUGCUGCCUUCAUCAGGGUUUCAACUCCUAACUCCUGUCCUACAACAUACAGUAUAGGACCAGGCUAGCUCCCUGGGUGGUGUCUAUUGUGUUUUCAUUAUUUGUGAUUGACUGAGUGACCUGUCACUCCUACAUAUGGGGGCCAUUUUGUUUGUGUUGUGACUUGAUAUGCAAGGAUAAAAGUAACUAACAGCAUUCCAAGUCAUGUUGGACCGCCUGUAGGAAAAACUCGACGAGGCAACCUUUCAUUUAAUAAUCUCUUUUUCCCUUUUAAUUAUUUCAUACUUUCUUUCUUUCUCUCCCUCUUUCUCUUUCUUUCUUUCUUUCUCCCUCCUAUAUCUCUUUCUCUCUCUCUCUCCUCCCCGGUCUCUCUGCAGUAUGGAGAGUGGGACAGUGGCAACAUGCUGGGUCCCGGGUUCGAGGGGGGAGUCGAGGGGGGCUGCUCAGAUGACGAGGAUGACAGGGAGACCCUGUUUGGCUCAGAGCUGCUCUCGCCCAGCGGACAGACGGACGUGCAGACCCUUGCCAUCAUGCUGCAGGAGCAACUGGAGGCCAUCAACAAGGAGAUCAAGUAAGUAUUCAGCUACACCGCAAACAGGAAUAAUGGGUUUGAGUUCCUAACAUACCUAAAAAUGCCUCAGAAAACAAAUUGGUUAGGUGGUAGAGAAAUAAGUGUAGCCAAUCCCCAGGUUCAAACCAGAGCAUGGGAGCUCAGCCUAACCAGUCAAUCACACUUCUCUCUCACUUGAGUAUCUUACCUAGUUAUUUUCUGAUGAUCUCAUUUUGUAGCUUUGGCAAGUAUGUGUGUGUUUCCCAUCCCAGUUCGCUCCUCUCCCUGUAUGUUUUACAGUUGCUCCCCACCCCGUGGCUGCAACCCUUCUAAUUUAGUGUACCCUGCACACACAAUCCAUGUGGAAUUCCUAGUCUCCGGUAGUGUUUGGAACUGCCGAUAUGCAGCCAAUAAGGCCUACACUUUUUGGCCCUGAUGGAGACAAGGAUUUCCCCAGAGAACACUGCUACUCCAGCUGCUCUCUCGUCAUCUGACUAUCUGUUUUCUCAUAGUUCGAGGGUAUUUGGUCAUCGGGGUGGUGGCACAGGGCUACUCAUUUCUCCUAAGUGGAGAUUUUCUCUUCUCCCCCUCACCUGUCUAUCUCCUCAUUUGAAUUCCAUGCUGUCACUGUCACUUGUCCACUCAAGCUUAACAUUGUUGUCAUCUACAGCCCACCAGGUGCCCUUGGAGAGUUCCUCAAUGAGAUUGACACCUUGAUAAGCUCAUUUCCCAACGAUGGCUCACCACUCAUCGUACUGGCCAACAUUAACCUCCCGACGCCUGACUUCAAUUCAUUUCUUUCCACCUCUUUCUUUCCACUCCUUUCCUCUUUUGACCUCACCCUUUCCCAGUCACCUCUCACUCACAAGGCAGGCAAUACGCUUGACCUCAUCUUCACUAGAGGCUGUUCGCUUACUAAUCUCACUGCAAACAGGAGACAAAGGGCUGUGAGACAGAGGUUUAAUCCUAGACACAUGAAAAGUGGGAUGUAUGCGGAGGGUGAGGGGCAACAGAAGACGAACAGCAGAGGGGCUGAGGAUUUUAGAGAUGGGAAAGGGCAGAUGAAACGGAGGGAAAGUUUACGGGACUCCACCCGGAGGGGCAGGUCCUGAGUGGAAAGCCAUUCCCUCUGCCCGAGCUGAUAGCGGGGAGCAGGGGUCCGGUGGCGAUCCACCUGUCGCUGAUACCUGGAUGUGGUUUUCAGAAGAGCGGCCCGGGCUCUCUUCCAGGUACGGCAACAGUGGCGGACGAACAUCUGGGCAGAGGGUAUGCUAACUUCUUCCUCUUGCUCAGGGAAGAGCGGGGUCUGAUAUCCCAAGGAAUACUCGAAGGGCGAGAGACCAGUGGCCGAGCAGGGAAGGGUGUUACGGGCGUAUUCCACUCACACAAGUUGCUGGCUCCAGGUGGUGGGGUUGGCUGAGACGAGGCAACAAAGAGCGUCUCUAGGUCCUGAUUGGCUCACUCCGACUGGGGGUGAAAACCAGAGGACAGGCUGGCCGACGACCCAAUGAGGGUGCAGAACGCCUUCCAGAACCGGGACGAGAACUGAGGACCACGAUCGGAGACCAUGUCGACCGGAAGUCCAUGGAACCGGAAGAGGUGCUGCACCAUGAGCUGAGCCCAUUCCUUGGCUGAGGGUAACUUGGGAAGGGGAAUAAAAUGGGUGGCUUUAGAAAACCUAUUCACCACCGUCAGGAUCGUGGUGUUGCCAUUUGACGGAGGAAGACCAGGAACAAAGUCCAGGGAUAUAUGGGACCAGGGGCGGUGAGGAACAGGGAGUGAUUGAAGAAGGUCAUCCGGGGCUUGCCGCGGAGUCUUAUUUUGUGCACACACAGUGCAGGCGGUGACAAAUGCGGAGACAUCAGGAACCAAGGAAUGCCACCAAAAGCGUAGUCGGAUGAAAGCCAGGGUCCGACGGGAGUCUUGAUGCCAUGUCACUCUCGAGGAAUGUGCCCAUUCCAGGACCGGGGAACGGGCAGAGUCUGGGACAAACAUCUGGCUGCGCCUUUACGGACCAGGCUCUCUAUACCCCAGAUGAGUGCAGCCACUAGACAGGAGGUAGGGGGGGAUGGUCUCAGGGGUCAGCCGGAGUAGCAGCGGAGCUAUACAAACGUGAGAGUGCAUCAGGCUUCACAUUCUUGGACCCCGGGAAGUAGGAGAGAGUGAAAUUGAAACGGGUGAAUAACAGGGCCCAACGAACCUGCCUAGAGUUGAGGCACUUGGUGGUGCGGAGAUAUUCCAGGUUCUUAUGGUCAGUCCAUGCUAUGAAUGGGUGUUCCGCCCCCUCCAACCAGUGCCUCCACUCCUCCAACGCCUUCUUGAUGGCGAGGAGUUCUCGAUUUCCCACAUCAUAGUUCCUCUCAGCAGGGGUAAGACGAUGGGAGAGAAAAGCGCAGGGGUGCAGCUUUUGGUCCUGGGCAGAACGCUGGGACAGGACGGCCCCCACUCCGACAUCUGAGGUGUCGACCGCCAACACAAACUGACGGGACGGGUCCAGAUGGAUUAAGAUGGGGGCUGUAGUGAAUCGAUGUUUGAGGUCCAAGAACGCCCGUUUAGCUGCUGGAGACUACGUGAAUGGACCUUGGGAGAGGUGAGUGCCGAGAGGGGGGAAGCCAGGGUGCUGUAACCCCGCAUGAAGUGACGGUAGAAGUUAGCAAAUCCCAGGAAACGUUGCAGCUGCACUCUGGAUGUGGGUUGAGGCCAAUCCACCACCUCUCUCACCUUGUCUGGAUCCAUCUGUGUGUGUCCUGCAGCGAUGAUGUAUCCUAGGAAGGAGAUGGUAAAGCGAUGGAAUUCACACUUCUCCGCUUUGACAAAAUGCUGGUUCUCCAGGAGAUGCUGAAGGACCUGUCGGACUUGGAGGACGUGCUCUUGAGCUGAACGGGAAAAGACAAGGAUGUCGUCGAGGUAAACAAACACGAACCGGUUCAGCAUGUCCCGGACCACAUCGUUGACCAGGGCCUGGAACACAGCGGGAGCGUUGGUCAGUCUCCAGGAGAUGCUGAAGGACCUGUCGGACUUGGAGGACGUGCUCUUGAGCUGAAUGGGAAAAGACAAGGAUGUCGUUGAGGUAGACAAACACGAACCGGUUCAGCAUGUCCCGGACCACAUCAUUGACCAGGGCCUGGAACACAGCCGGAGCGUUGGUCAGUCCGAAUGGCAUAACCAAGUACUCAUAGUGCCCGCUAGCCGUGUAAAAGGCUGUCUUCCACUCGUCUCCUUCCCAUAUCCGAACCAGGUGGUAGGCGUUCCGAAGGUCCAACUUUGAGAAGAUGGUUGCUCCCUGAAGAGGUUCGAAAGCCGAGUAGAUGAGUGGUAGAGAUUAACGUUUUUUAACCAUGAUGUCAUUAAAUCCCUGGUAGUCGAUACACGGACGCAGGGUUUUGUCCUUCUUCUCCACAAAGAAGAACCCUGCACCAGCGGGAGAGGCAGAUGGACGAAUACUCCCUGCAGCGAGUGAGCCCUCAAUGUACUCUUCCAUAACCUUGGUCUCCGGACCCGACAGGGAGUAAAGCCGCCCCCGAGGUGGUGUAGUGCCCGGGAGAAGGUCAAUGGCGCAGUCGUAGGAUCGAUGCGGAGGGAGAGACGUAGCGCGGGCCUUGUUGAAAUUCUCACGGAGGUCCAGGUACGUCCCGAGGCAGGCUGUGCCGACUUAAGACAAUGCGCAUGGCAGAACGGGCUCCAAUCCACGAUAGAACCAGUAGCCCAGUCGAUCAGGGGAUUGUGCUUCUGGAGCCAUGAAUACCCCAAAACCACGGGUACAUGGGGAGAUUCUAUCAGCAGGAACUGCAUACACUCACUGUGAUUUCCUGAUACUCGUAGGUUGAUAGGAACCGUAUUGCGGGUGACUCUGCCAAUAGAGCGCCCAUCCAGCGCUCUGACGUCCAUGGGAAUGAAGAGGGGUUGAGUGGAGAUUCCCAGCUCCGACACCAAGGUAGCGUCGAUAAAGCUAUCGUCGGCCCCAGAGUCAAUGAGCACCCGGAGAGAUGUGGCCUGGUCACCCCACAACAGGGUGGCAUGGAGAGGGGUACGAGUAAUGGGAGAUUGGUAAAUCCCCGUACGGCUCACCAGAGUGCUCGUACCUACUGAUGAGCCUGGUCUUUUUAAUGGACAGGUGGAAAUAUAAUGUCCUGUAGUCCCACAAUACAGCUCCUGGUGCUCAAUCUGCGUAAACGUUCAUCCGGAGACAAUCUAGCCCUUCCCAGUAGCUUGGGCUCUGGAGUAGUGCCCACGGGGAUUCCAGGGUGACAUCAGAUUCUCUCUGUAAGUUGGACGUUGGGAGGUGGGAGAAGUAGACGAGCGAGUGUGAACGGGAACAUACCUCCUCUCCCUCCUACGUUCCCGUAGCCACCCAUCGAUCCGUAAGGUCAAGGCGAUGAGGGAGUCGAGGUCCAUGGGAAGCUCCCAGGCUGCGAGCUCGUCUUUAACCUCCUCCGAUAAUCCGUGAAGGAACGUGUCGAAAAGAGAUUCCGGGUUCCAGGCACUCUCAGCGGCCAACGUGCGAAAAUAUACUGCGUAGUCUGCCACACUACGGGAGUUUUGACACAGUUUGAGUAGCAUCCGAGCAUCCUCUCUCCCAGACAACGGAGAGUCGAACACCGUCCUUAUUUCCGCCACGAAAUCCUCCAGCCUAAGACAAACGGUGGAUUGUUGCUCCCACACUGCCGUAGCCCAGGCGAGUGCCUUUCCGGGCGAGUGCCCUUCCGUUAUAAGAUACACUAUCUUUGAACAGUCCGAUGGAAACGAAGAGGGCUGCAGCUCGAAAAUGGGAGGGAAACGCCCAGCAGGUUCCCAGGAUCCCCCACGUAGCGCUCCGGAGGAGGUAGGCUGGGGAGAAGCACCCCUGGUAGCGGGGUUACUGAGAGUCUGGGAGGUUUCCGUUGUGGCUUGCUGCCUAAUAGAUAGUCCGCGGAAUUGUUCCAACAAUGCACUGACGGCAUGGUCAUGGUGUUCCGCCAAGGUGUAGAAUCCUUCCAUAAGGUUAAGUAGUAACUCCUUGUGUCUUCCAAUGGUGACUCCUUGUGAGGAGACAGUGUUGCAGAGCUGGUCCGAGUCUGCUAGGUCAGUCAUGGCCAGUUUGUACUAUCAGGGCUCAGGCUAAGACCCAGAUGCAGACACAGGAGGCGGAUAGUACGAGUCUCAGUUUAUUACAAAACAAGGGGCAGGCAAAAGGUAAGUCAAGGCAGGCAAACAGUCGUAAUCCAAAUCAGAGUCAGGCAGGUACAGGACAGCAGGCAGGAUCAGGGUCAGGACAGGCAGAAAGGUCAGAACUGGGAAGACUAGGAAAAACAAAAAAAAUAGAGCACAGGGUGUGACACUUUCUAGCACUCUAAAUUUCAAGCUUCUUUGCCCCAACCCUGGGAAACUCUUCUCCUCUUUCUCCUCCCUCUUUAAUCUUCCACCACCUCGCCCACCCUCCUCCCUCUCUGCGGAUGACUUUGUCAACCACUUUUAAAAAAAGCUGACAACUUCCGCUCCUCUUUCACUAAGCCUACUGAGUCCAAUUGGUCCCACACACACAGAACUCCCAUACACCUUGACCUCUUUCUUCCCCUCUCUCCAGAUGAAAUCCUGUGACUAAUGAUGUCCGGCCGCCCGACAACCUGCACACUUGACCCAUCACCUCCUCCCUUCUCCAGAUCAUCUCUGGGAGACCUUCUCCCAUUGCUCACUUCCCUCAUCAACUCAUCCCUGAACACUGACUUCAAGAUGGUCAGAGUCGCUCCCCUUCUCAAGAUACCAUCCCUUCUUUCUUUUCUUUCCAAAACACUUGAGCGUGCUGUCUCUGACCAACUCUCUCGUUAUCUCUCUCAGAAUGAUCUUCUUGACCCUAACCGGCUCACUCAACUGAGACCACUCUCCUCUGUGUCACAGAGGCUCUCCGCUCUGCCAAAGCUCUCUCCUCUGUUCUCAUCCUCCGAUAACUAUCCGCUGUAAACCAUAAGAUCCUCCUCUCCCCUCUCAGGGUUGGGCGUCUCAGGCUCUGCACACUCCUGGAUUGCAUCCUACCUGGCAGGUCGCUCCUACCAGUUGGCGUGGAGAGGAUCUACGUCUGCACCACGUGAUCUCACUACUGGUGUCCCCCAGGGCUCGGUUCUAGGCCCUCUCUCCUCUUUUCUCUUUACACGACAUCACUCAGCUCUGUCAUAUCCUCACAUGGUCUCUCCUAUCAUUGCUAUGCGGAUGACACUCAGUUACUUUUCUCCUUCCCCCUUCUGACACCCAGGUGGCGACACGCAUCUCUGUGUGCCUGGCAGACACCUCAGCUUAGAUGUCGGCCCACCACCUCAAGCUCAACCUCGACAAAACAGAGCUGCUCUUCCUCCCAGGAAAGGCCUACCCGCUCCAAGACCUGUCCAUCACGGUUGACACCUCCACGGUUUUCCCCUCCCAGAGUGCAAAGAACCUUGGCGUGACCCUGGACAACACCCUUGUCGUUCUCUGCAAACAUCAAAGCAGUGACUCGCUUCUCCGCACACUCCACUGGCUUCCAGUCGAAGCAUUCAUUAUCUUCAAGACCCUGGUGCUUGCCUACGGAGCAGCAAGGGGAACUGCACCUUCUUACCUUCAAGCUAUGCUCAAACCCUAUAUCCCAAUUCCGCCACCUCUGGUCUCUUGGCCCUCCCACCCCUACAGUAGGGCAGCUCCCCCUCAGCCCAGUCAAAGCCCCUUCUCUGUCGUGGCAUAAAAAAAUCUAAUUAAAUAAACAAAUAAAAAACACUUAUAUUUUCCCAUUAGCACUGACUUUGCUGCUACUUACUUUGUUGAGGGAAAAUGUACUUGAUACGAUUGUGAUGUGUUGUUGUCUCACCUAGCUAUUUUAAGAUGAAGUCGCUCUGGAUAACAGCAUCUGCUAAAUGACAAAAAUGUAAAUGUAAAUGUAACCAGUGGCGGCUCCUGAAAAAAUUCUCAGGGGGGGGCAAUUUUUCUGAUGAUUUAGGUGACCUACACACAUUUUAAAAAAGAUAUGUCCAGCAACAACAUGAAGACAGGGGCAGCAUAUAAGUCAAUACCAGAAGCAUUUAUUGACUGAUCUCAAAAGUGUUGGCUUACAAAAGCAAAAUAAGUUAUCACAGUAAAAAUAAUCAAGGGUGUUCUUUCACAUUCCUCAACACUGCAUAAACAAUAUGCAUUUCCAUAAAACACCUCAUCUAAUUGUGCCACAAAGUUGACAAGUCCAAGAAAAAUACCAGGGUUGGUGGAGCCCUCAGUUUCAUCUUUGCCUCGCAAAGCUAACUCAAACACUCCGCAAAACUUCACACACUGGAUUAGCCGGCUGAGGAUGUGGCGGUUCUUGCUAACCUCAUCGUUGUGGCGGCGGACAGCUAGCCUGUAUCCCUCAUCCAGUUGAGUGGCAAUGUUCACUCUCCCCAAAGCAGACAAUCUCAAACAGCUAUCCAUGUGGGUCUUUGACAGCUCAUGUUUCUUAAUCUUUUCUGAAAGAUGGUGCAUGUCCGUUACACCAGUCGCUGUCCAAGCGGUGCUGUCUGCCGUGCCGCCUUCAGGGUGAAAGAGUAAGCAGGGGUAGCAGAAGACUGCAUUAGCUACAUCGCAGCCUGCUAGCCAGGUUUUUCGUUCGUACCAAUUUUUGGAAAAUCCUCGGGUGUAGGACUUUCCCCCUUUAGUAGAAACCUGUUGAAUUAUUAAAUUUGGUCUGGGAGGUCCUAAUUGUUUCGUUGCCAAUUUAUCUUGAUUUGUUCGCCGACAAAAAGGAACUUCUUUCAAAGAGACAAUCGAGUUGCACUGAACGCUAGCCAUCUUGACAGUAGUACGUGAAUUGAUUGACGCUGCUACCCGCUCUUUUCUUAGUUACGUUCAUGGUUAUGUUACGUAUGACGAAAGCGCGUAAGUGCAAGCCCUCCCGGAACCCAUAGAGAUUGUAUUGAAAGCUCUGAUAUUUGAAAAAAAAAAAGAUUUUACAUGAGAGUCUAUGAGAGACUUCUGGGGCGAUUUUCAACCUGACUGAAAUCGCCCCAAAAGGGGCGGGGCCAUUUGAAGCACGACUUUAGCCUGAUUGGACAUUUAGUGGCAGAUCAGACGUCUAGAUUAGAACACUGAUAACUACUGUUGCCGUGAUAUAAUUGAUUAGAAAAAAAAUCCCUUCCUUUUCCCGUUUGGCAGUGCGUCGCCCAUAUCACCCUAAUGAACACACCGCCCCUGAAUGUAACCAUAGCUACAAUAACAAUACUAAUACGUUCUUAGAAUAGGUGGAAGCUCACACUGCUCACACAGGGAAGAAGCUGAGACUGGAAUAACAUUCUGAUAUUUAUUGUGGACAACGUCUCUUUUCAAAAUGGUACCAAGUAUUUUAAAAGUAUUGUUUUAUUGUUAAUUUCAUUAUCUUUCCUUUGCCAAUGACGAUAAAAUACACAAUAGUGUUCAGUCCUUGUUGACUAUGCCACUGCAAGGUAGGCCCGAAGUGCAGAUUAGCAUUAGUGCACUCGAGGAAUGGGCCGUGGUGAAAGUUCAGAGUUCUAGGAGAGUCGCGUCAAGGCCACCCACAACAUCCUCAUAAGAACUGCAAGACAGAGAACUGGGGACAGUUUGACGUUUGAAUCACUGAAUAACUCUGUCUAUCAGUCUAUGUUAAAUCAUCAGGAACAAUAGCAAAGCAAUAUGUCCACGGACUAAACCAAAUCAAAAUAGAGUGUUCCACAAAGACAGGAGAUCAUUCAAAUAAUAACUAAAGCUAAAACCCAAACUCGCUCCACUAGUCAAGAACACACACACAAGCACACAUAAGCACUCACCAGUAAUUCUACCACCAGCUACUAGUAGGCUACUAAAGCAAUUCCUGGCCUCGUCUUCUUCAAUUAUGUUCGCCUAGUUUGGACAAGCUCACCAGAUUCCCAGUAGUCGACGGGCCCUGUCGAACUCCCAGUGAGUGUGGUGUUGCGCCUAUACGUGGCCGCCAUCUGCUUCUUUCCGUCUGCUUCUAUUCGUCUACUUCUCGUCCGUGCUUGCUUCGUCGCUGGUUCUGUUAGCUAACUGGCUGUGGCUGUUGAGGUAGUGUUUGAUAUUGUAGCGAGUGCGGGAGGAGAGAGAGAGAAAGGUGUGUCCAUCCCUCAUUAUAAGGGGAUCCAAGCAAGUGCGCCCGUUCAGGUAAUCAGAGGCAACCUAACAUGAGUUGGGUUCACACAACAAAGGGGCCAGUUAACAGCAUGCAAUUGACACAUUGUAUACAAAUCACAUUAACCCCCUUUUGCCACAUAUGAAAUAUCUUCUAUCCCCAUUCAAUGGGGGAUCCAGAGGUCAAUUCCACAUACAAAAACACAUAUCUAAAAAUGACCUCUGCCUUUGCUUUGUACAAACCAGGAGUGAAUACCACAGAUACAGAAAGAAAGACUUACACCUCCUUUGCUUUACUCAAUCUAGAGGUUUAUUCCACAAGCAUAUUAUUAUGGAGUGAUACCACAAACAUGUAUUCCUCAUCUCAUUGCGGCUAUCCUCAGUUUAGGAGUAAAAUCAGGAGUUAUGUUCCUCUUUUUGUACCCUCUCCUCUCCUUAACUCUGUACUCCUGAGUGGCGCAGUGGUCUAAGGCACUGCAUCGCAGUGCUAACUGUGCCACUAGAGAUCCUGGUUCAAAUCCAGGCUCUGUCGCAGCCGGCCGCGACCGGGAGACUCAUGGGCGGCGCACAAUUGGUCCAGGGUAGGGGAGGGAAUGGCCGGCAGGGAUGUAGCUCAGUUGAUAGAGCAUGGCGUUUGCAACGCCAGGGUUGUGGGUUCGAUUCCCAUGGGGGGCCAGUAUAAAAAAUAUAUAUGUGUUCACUAACUGUAAGUCGCUCUGGAUGAGAGCGUCUGCUAAAUGAUGUAAAUGUAACUCCCUCUGUUUUCUUCCUCACUUUUCCACUGCCCUCCACUUGCCCCCUCCAUCUCAUCUCUCUUCCGCUCCUCCCCUUUCUCCUCUACUCUCUCUUUCCCCAUCUCCUCUCAGGCUGAUCCAGGAGGAGAAGGAGAGCACUGAGCUGAGGGCAGAGGAGAUCGAGAGCCGGGUGAGCAGCGUGGCCCUGGACUCCUCCCCUCUCCCCCCCUCCUCACUGGGCGGGGGCAGAGACAGUGUGGGGAGGGGCUACAUGACCCCCUCCCUUACCUCCUCCACCCUGGCCUCCCCUUCGCCCCCCAGCUCUGGACAUUCCACACCCCGACUGCCACAUUCCCCUGCCAGAGAGUCAGACAGACAGGUACAGUACCUUACGGCUGUGGCUAUCUGUGGUUGGACACAUUUUUCAUUUCAAUGUACAGUUGAAGUCGGAAGUUUACAUACACCUUUGCCAAAUACAUUUAAACUCAGUUUUUCACAAUUCCUGAUAUUUAGUCCUAGUAAAAAUUCCCUGUCUUAGAUCAGUUAGGAUCACCACUUUAUUUUAAGAAUGUGAAAUGUCAGAAUAAUAGUAGAGAGAAUGAUUUAUUUCAGCUUUUAUUUAUUUCAUCACAUUCCCAGUGGGUCAGAAGUUUACAUACACUCAAUUAGUAUUUGGUAGCAUUGCCUUUACAUUGUUUAACUUGGGUCAAAUGCUUCGGGUAGCCUUCUACAAGCUUCCCACAAUAAGUUGGGUACAUUUUGGCCCAUUCCUCUUGACAGAGCUGGUGUAACUGAGUCAGGUUUGUAGGCCUCCUUGCUCGCACACGCUUUUUCAGUUCUGCCCACACAUUUCUAUAGUAUUGAGGUCAGGGCUUUGUGAUGGCCACUCCAAUACCUUGACUUUGUUGUCCUUAAGCCAUUUUGCCACAACUUUGGAAGUAUACUUGGGGUCAUUGUCCAUUUGGAAGACCCAUUUGCGACCAAGCUUUAACUUCCUGACUGAUGUCUUGAGAUGUUGCUUCAAUAUAUCCACAUCAUUUUCCUUCCUCAUGAUGCCAUCUAUUUUGUGAAGUGCACCAGUCCCCCCUGCAGCAAAGCACCCCCACAGCAUGAUGCUUCCACCCCCGUGCUUCACAGUUGGGAUGGUGUUCUUCGGCUUGCAAGCCCCCCCUUUUUCCUCCAAACAUAACGAUGGUCAUUAUGGCCAAACAGUUCUAUUUUUGUUUAAUCAGACCAGAGGAUAUUUCUCCAAAAAGUACAAUCUUUGUCCCAAUGUGCAGUUGCAAACCAUAGUCUGGCUUUUUUAUGGUGGUUUUGGAACAGUGGCUUCUUCCUUGCUGAGCGGCCUUUCAGGUUAUGUCGAUAUAGCACUCGUUUUAUUGUGGAUAUAGAUACUUUUGUACCUGUUUCCUCCAGCAUCUUCACAAGGUCCUUUGCUGUUGUUCUGGCAUUGAUUUGCACUUUUUACACCAAAGUACAUUCAUCUCUAGGAGACAGAAUGCGUCCCCUUCCUGAGCGGUAUGACGGCUGCGUGGUCCCAUGAUGUUUAUACUUGCAUACUAUUGUUUGUACAGAUGAACGUGGUACCUUCAGGCGUUUGGAAAUUGCUCCCAAGGAUGAACCCAGACUUGUGGAGGUCUACAAUUUGUUUUCUGAGGUCUUGGCUGAUUUCUUUUGAUUUUACCAUGAUGUCAAGCAAAGAGGCACUGAGUUUGAAGGUAGGCCUUGAAAUACAUCCACAGGUACACCUCCAAUUGACUCAAAUGAUGUCAAUUUGCCUAUUAGAAGCUUCUAAAGCCAUGACAUCAUUUUAUGGAAUUUCCCAAGCUGUUUAAAGGCACAGUCAACUUAGUGUAUGUAAACUUCUGACCCACUGGAAUUGUGAUACAAUGAAUUAUAAGUGAAAUAAUCUGUCUGUAAACAAUUGUUGGAAAAAUGACUUGUGUCAAGCAGAAAGUAGAUGUCCUAACCGACUUGCCAAAACUAUAGUUUGUUAACAAGAAAUUUGUGGAGUGGUUGAAAAACGAGUUUUAAUGACUCCAACCUAAGUGUAUGUAAACUUCCGACUUCAACUGUAUGACUUCUUGGUUGUGGCUACCCAAUGGGUAAGGCUAAUUGAAAUUGCAUCAUAAUAUCAGUUUACAAUAAGAGCUGAUUGAGAUGGUGCUGAUGGAGAUGGUCAACUUGAGAACAAGAUGGAUGAGCUUCGUUUGAGAGUUUCCUACCAACGGGACGUGAAAAGUUAUAAUAUUCUAUGCUUUUCAGAAAUUUGGAUGACGGGCAAUAUGGACAUAAAACUCAAGGGUUUGUCUAUGCUUCGUCGCACCCGGACAGCAGACUCGGGCAAAACCAAAGGGGGAGGGGUGUGCCUCUUCGUAAACAACAACUGGUGUGCUGCUUCACUAGAAUACCUUAUGGUAAAUUGCACACCUUUUUGUCUACCAAGGGAGUUUUCAUCUCUAAUCAUCACUGCUGUCUACAUCCCACCACAAAACGAGAAUGGCACUAAGCAGGCACUCAACGAGCAUACAAGGCCCUCGCUUGCCCUCCCUUCGGCAAAUCAGACCAUGACUCCAUCCUCCUGCUUCCUGUUUACAAGCAAAAACUCAAACAGGAAGUACCAGUGACAUGCUCAGUAUGGAAGUGGUCCGAAGAAGUGGACGCUAAGCUAAAAGACGGCUUCACUAGCACAGACUGGAAUAUGUUCAGGGCUUCAUCCGAUAACAUUGAGGACUUUACCACAUCAGUCACGGGCUUCAUCAAUAAGUGCAUCAACAACAUCCUCCCCACAGUGACCGUACAUACAGUGGGGAAAAAAAGUAUUUACUCAGCCACCAAUUGUGCAAGUUCUCCCACUUAAAAAGAUGAGAGAGGCCUGUAAUUUUCAUCAUAGGUACACGUCAACUAUGACAGACAAAAUGAGGAAAAAAAAUCCAGAAAAUCACAUUGUAGGAUUUUUUAUGAAUUUAUUUGCAAAUUAUGGUGGAAAAUAAGUAUUUGGUCAAUAACAAAAGUUUCUCAAUACUUUGUUAUAUACCCUUUGUUGGCAAUGACACAGGUCAAACGUUUUCUGUAAGUCUUCACAAGGUUUUCACACACUGUUGCUGGUAUUUUGGCCCAUUCCUCCAUGCAGAUCUCCUCUAGAGCAGUGAUGUUUUGGGGCUGUCGCUGGGCAACACGGACUUUCAACUCCCUCCAAAGAUUUUCUAUGGGGUUGAGAUCUGGAGACUGGCUAAGCCACUCCAGGACCUUGAAAUGCUUCUUACGAAGCCACUCCUUCGUUGCCCGGGCGGUGUGUUUGGGAUCAUUGUCAUGCUGAAAGACCCAGCCACGUUUCAUAUUCAAUGCCCUUGCUGAUGGAAGGAGGUUUUCACUCAAAAUCUCACAAUACAUGGCCCCAUUCAUUCUUUCCUUUACACGGAUCAGUCGUCCUGGUCCCUUUGCAGAAAAACAGCCCCAAAGCAUGUUGUUUCCACCCCCAUGCUUCACAGUAGGUAUGGUGUUCUUUGGAUGCAACUCAGCAUUCUUUGUCCUCCAAACAAGACGAGUUUAGUUUUUUCCAAAAAGUUAUAUUUUGACCAUAUGACAUUCUCCCAAUCCUCUUCUGGAUCAUCCAAAUGCACUCUAGCAAACUUCAGACGGGCCUGGACAUGUACUGGCUUAAGCAGGGGGACACAUCUGGCAAUGCAGGAUUUGAGUCCCUGGCGGCGUAGUGUGUUACUGAUGGUAGGCUUUGUUACUUUGGUCCCAGCUCUCUGCAGGUCAUUCACUAGGUCCCCCCGUGUGGUUCUGGGAUUUUUGCUCACCGUUCUUGUGAUCAUUUUGACCCCACGGGGUGAGAUCUUGCGUGGAGCCCCAGAUCGAGGGAGAUUAUCAGUGGUCUUGUAUGUCUUCCAUUUCCUAAUUAUUGCUCCCACAAUUGAUUUCUUCAAACCAAGCUGCUUACCUAUUGCAGAUUCAGUCUUCCCAGCCUGGUGCAGGUCUAGAAUUUUGUUUCUGGUGUCCUUUGACAGCUCUUUGGUCUUGGCCAUAGUGGAGUUUGGAGUGUGACUGUUUGAGGUUGUGGACAGGUGUCUUUUAUACUGAUAACAAGUUCAAACAGGUGCCAUUAAUACAGGUAAUGAGUGGAGGACAGAGGAGCCUCUUAAAUAAGAAGUUACAGGUCUGUGAGAGCCAGAAAUCUUGCUUGUUUGUAGGUGACCAAAUACUUAUUUUCCACCAUAAUUUGCAAAUAAAUUCAUUAAAAGUCCUACAAUGUGAUUUUCUGGAUUUUUUUUCUCUCAAUUUGUCUGUCAUAGUUGACGUGUACCUAUGAUGAAAAUUACAGGCCUCUCUCAUCUUUUUAAGUGGGAGAACUUGCACAAUUGGUGGCUGACUAAAUACUUUUUUCCCCCACUGUACGUAUCCUAACCAAAAGCCAUGAAUUACAGGCAGUAUCCACGCCGGGCUAAAGGCUAGAGCUCCACAUUUUCAAGGAACAAUACAUAGGCAUGAACGCUUCCAAGAAAGCCCGCUACAACCACCGACUAGACAUCAAACACCGAAAAGGUCAAUAUAGGACUAAGAUAGAAUCCUACCAUACCGGCUCAGACGCUCGUCGGAUCUGGAAGGGUUUGCAGACUAUUAAGGAUUACAAAGGGAAACCCAGCCGUGAGUUGCCCAGUGACGCAAACCUCCCAGACGAGCUGAAUGCCUUUUAUGCUCGCUUCGAGGCAAACAACACUGAGCUAGGCAUGAGAGCCCCUGCUGUUCCGGACGACUGUGUGAUCUCGCUCUCCGUGGUCGAUGUGAGUAAGACUUUUAAACAGAUUAACACUCGCAAGGCCGCUGGGCCAGAUGGAAUACCAGGGCGCUUUCUCAGAGCAUACGCAGACCAGCUGGCAAGUGUCUUCACUGACAUUUUUAACAUCUCCUUGUCCCAGUCUGUAAUCCCAACAUGUUUCAAACAGACCACCAUUGUCCCUGUUCCUAAGAAUUCAAAGGUAACCCGCCUAAACGAUUAUCGUCCCGUAGCACUCACAUCUGUAACCAUGAAAUGCUUUGAAAGGCUGAUCAUGGCACACAUCAACACCAUCAUCCCAGACACCUCCUGUACUCCCUGUUCACCCACAACUGUGUGGCCACGCAAGCCUCCAACACCAUCAUCAAGUUUUCUAAAGACGACGGUGGUAGGCCUGAUCACUGACGACGAUGAGACAGCCUACAGGGAGAAGGUCAGAGACCUGGCAGUGUGAUGCCAGGACAACAACCUCUCCCUCAACGUCAGUAAGACAAAGGAGCUGAUUGUGGACUACAGGAAACAGAGGGGUGAGCACGCCCCCAUCCACUUCGACAGGGCUGUAGUGGAGCGGGUCGAGAGCUUCAAGUUCCUCUGUGUCCAUAUCACCAAGGACUUAACAUGGACCUCUCACACCAGCACAGUCGUGAAGAAGGCGCAACAGGUUGAAAAGAUUUGGCAGGCCCCUCAGCCCCUCAAAAAGUUUUACAGCUGCACCAUUGAGAGCAUCUUGACUAGCUGCCUCACCGCUUGGUAUGGCAACUGCACCGCCCUCAAUCACAAGGCUCUACAAAGGUUGGUGCGGACAGCUUAGUAUAUCACUGGGGUAGAGGUCUUCACGUAUCCACCUGUACCCGAAUACCGGGACCCGAUCCGGGAACGGAGCACGUCCAGAUGCAGAAUUCUAAAUAAUGUCACAGGUGUGGGUUAGAUUUGAUAUGAUUGUUACGGGUCUCGGGUAUGUGUAAUUGUAACUGACGUGUCCGGAAGGGCCCGUACAGAUCCGAAUGUGACUGCUGCAGUAGAGAGAGAGAUAAAUGUUAUUAUUUAUGUUGCUGCUCUUGCUUUUCACGAGAGCGGAGCAUGGCGCGUGUAGCUUGUUGUUGGCCAAUCAUGAGUCAUCAAAGUGGCAAUAGGCUACAGUCAUAGAGCCUUCCUCCGUGUGUGGCAAACGUUAGAUAUCUAAUCAAUGGAAGCUGGAAUUAAAAUGACAGAAUUAAAAGUUAAAGGAGAACGAUAGACCACAACGACCAAGAGCCAACAGGUAGGCUGCUACUUAAUAUUCUGAAUGGAGUUGUUGUUAUUUGUAACUAUAGGAUUAGAAAGCGCAUGCACUUCAGCCUCAGUUAGCCUAGCUAGCUAACGUUAGCUAGCUUAACUAACUUCUCCCGGUUUGAUGCAGUCAAGACAGGUACUACGUAAUCAUAUUUGAUGAUAAAUAACCUAGCUAUAGCAGAUAUUAGUCUAAUACAGCGUGAGUCGGCUUGGUUGGUUGCUGUCUCUCAUCUCUCACUCCCUUCUCCCCGUGUCACUCACAGUACGGCCCCUCCCCACCUGCUACAGCGGCACCGCUCUUCCUCCUCCCGCGCUUUAUCAGCACCGACACCAGUACUGUAGCUUAAAAAGUGAAUUUUCUGCUGCUUCCCUAACUUGGAUUGGACUGGGUUUGGAUCCGACCAGGUCUAUAGAGAACGGGUCAAGUUGUCCUCGGGUCCAUUCGGAAAGGGUCUCUAUAUUUUAAAAAUGAAUUUACGCAUAUCGGGUCCAGUUGGGAAAGCCCCAGGUCCAUUUCGGAAUGGGUCCAACUUUUUGGACCCAUGAAAACCUCUACACUGGGGUUGAACUCCCUGCCAUCCAGGACCUCUAUACCAGGUGGUGUCAGAGGAAGGCCCAAAAAAUUGUCAAAGACCCCAGCCACCUAAGCCAUAGACUGUUCACUACUACCGCACGGCAAGCGGUAGCGGAGCGCCAAGUUUGGGACAAAAAGGCACCUGAACAGCUUCUACCCCCAAGCCAUAAGACUGCUGAACAGUUAAUCAAAUGGCUACCCGGGUUGACCCUUUUUUAGAACUCUUUCUUACAUUGAUUCUAUGCACACUCACUGGUCUUUACCCACACACUCACACAUACAGUGCAUUCGGAAAGUAUUCAGACCCCUUCACUUUUUCCACAUUUUAUUACAUUACAGCCUAAUUCUAAAAUUGAUUAAAUUGUUGUUGUUUUUACUCAUCAAUGUACACACAAUACAGGUCGUUAGAAAUUUGUGCAAAUUUAUAAAAAUUUAUCACAUUUACAUAAGUAUUCAGACCCUUUACUCAGUACUUUGUUGAAGCACCUUUGGCAGCGAUUACAGCCUCAAGUCUUCUUGGGUAUGAUGCUACUAGCUUGGCACACCUGUAUUUGGGGAGUUUCUCCCAUUCUUCUUUGAAGAUCCUCUCAAGCUCUGUCAGGUUGGAUGGGGAGCGUCGCUGCACAGCUAUUUUCAGGUCUCUCCAGAGAUGUUAGAUCGGGUUUAAGUCCGGGCUUUGGCUGGGCCACUCAAGGACAUUCAGAGACUUGUCCUGAAGCCACUCUUGUGUUGUCUUGGCUGUGUGCUUAGGGUCGUUGUCCUGUUGGAAGGUGAGCCUUCAGCCCAGAGUGAGGUCCUGAGCACUCUGGAGCAGGUUUUCAUCAAGGAUCUCUCUGUACUUUGCUCCGUUCAUCUUUCCCUCGAUCCUGAUUAAUCUCCCAGUCCCUGCUGUUGAAAAACAUCCCCACAGUAUAAUGCUGCCACCACCAUGCUUCAUCGUAGGGAUGGUGCCAGGUUUCCUCCAGACGUGACGCUUGGCAUUCAAGCCAAAGAGUUCAAUCUUGGUUUCAUCAGACCAGAGAAUCUUGUUUCUCAUGGUCUGAGAGUCUUCAAGUGCCUUUUGGCAAACUCCGAGCGGGCUGUCAUGUGCCUUUUACUGAGGAGUGGCUUCCGUCUGGCCACUCAACCAUAAAGGUCUGAUUGGAGGAGUGCUGCAGAGAUGGUUGUCCUUCUGGAAGGCUCUCCCAUCUCCACAGAGGAACUCUGGAGCUCUGUCAGAGUGACCAUCGGGUUCUUGGUCACCUCCCUGACCAAGGCCCUUCUCCCCCGAUUACUCAGUUUGGCCGGGCGGCAAGCUCUAGGAAGAGUCUUGGUGGUUCCAAACUUCUUCCAUUUAAGGAUGAUGGAGGCCACUGUUUUAGGGGACCUUCAAUGCUGCAAACAAUCCUGUCUCGGAGCUCUAUGGACAAUUUGGUUUUUUGCUCUGACAUGCACUGUCAACUGUGGGACCUUGUAUAGUCCAAAUCAUGUCCAAUCAAUUGAAUUUACCACAGGUAGACUCCAAUCAAGUUGUAGAAACAGCUCAAGGAUGAUCAAUGGAAACAGGAUGCACCUGAGCUCAAUUUCGAGUCUCAUAGCAAAGGGUCUGAAUACUUAUAUAAAUAAGGUAUUUCCGUUUUGUUUUUUUCAUAAAUUAGCAAACAUUUCUAAAACCUGUUUUCGCUUUGUCAUUAUGGGGUAUUGUGUGUAGAUUGAUGAGGAUUUUGUUUAUUUAAACCAUUUUAGAAUAAGGCUUUAACGCAAAAUGUGGAAAAAGUGAAGGGGUCUGAAUACUUUCCCAAUGCACUGUACUUACACAUACACUCUAACACACACACACACACGCACGCUACAUACACUCACACACACAAAACACCUACACAUUCAUAUUGACUCCACACAAACACACACACACAUUGUCACACUCUCCACAUACGCUGUCCGGACUAUUUGCAUUGACCCCCCCUUUUUUUACGCUGCUGGUACUUGCUGUUUAUUAUCUAUGCAUAGUCACUUUACCCCUGCCUACAUGUACAUAUUACCUCAAUUACCUCGACUAACCUGUACCACCACACUUUGACUCGGUACCGGUUCCCCCUGUAUAUAGCCUUGUUAUUGUUAUUUUAUUGUGUUACUUUUAUUGAAUUUUUUUACUUUAGUUUAUUUAGUCAACUCAUAUUUUUCUUAACUGCAUUGUUGGUUAAGGGCUUGUAAGUAAGCAAAUCACGGUACGGUCUACCUAACCCUGUUGUAUUCGGCGCAUGUGACAAAUACAAUUUGAUUUGAUUUGUAAUCUGUUUGUAAUAACUUAAUUUCAACUAGUUUUUCCCGCUGGGUAAAGGAGCUUCUUCUUUAUGUCUGCACUGUGUUUGAUUGUGUUUGUUUGUGUGUUUGGUGAGAAAAACUAAUAUGGAAAACUGUGGUAUUACUGUUGCUGCAGGUCUAAAGUGUACUGUGACUUAAUCAAGCUGAAAUGUUUACAGUACAACAAAUAAUUGCAUUUUCUAUUGUGAUUUAAAUGGCUGGAACUGUUUAUAAGGUCAUUUGUUUGCUAGUUUGCUAGUUUAAAGGACAAAUCCACAAAAAAACUAUAUUUUGGUAUUUUUGUCAUUAGUCCACAGUUAAUACAGUCCCCAAAUGUUUUGCAUGUCAGCAGUCAAGACUUUUAAGAAGCAAAGUGUCACCGGCCACAUCAUGAUGAUACAAAAUGCUGUGAUGAUGAUGUGGCCGGUGACACUAAAAUAGUUCCCUACAGUGACUCAAUUGAACUGAUUCUCUGUCAAUACAGAACAGCAAAGAGGGCGACGACUGCCGGGCGCUAGCAUUGAUUGACUCCACACCUCCUCCGGUUCCUCGUGCUCUGCGAUUGGACAGAAUGACUCACACACACCCAGGGGCUGGGCUGGAUGAUCACCGCGAAUUCCGCAGGUACAGUUAUUACUUUAGUCAAUAUUGAGACAAUGUUGUGUGGUGUUUGUGUGUUUGCUGGGAAGCUAGGUAAUGGCAUUGAUAUGACUCCCUAUUGAAAUUAAGGUUGAAUAAAAUAAAAUCUAAAAUACAUUAAUGCCAAUAGAAUGGAUAUAUAAUAGACUAGAUUACCAACUAUUUCAGAGACAAUCAUGUAUACUGAGCAAAAAUAUAAACGCAACAUGUAAAGUGUUGUUCCCAUGUUUCUCUCACAUUUUGUGCACAAAUUUGUUUACAUCAGUGUUAGUGAGCAUUUCUCCUUUGCCAACAUAAUCAAUCCACCUGACAGGUGUCGCAUAUCAAGAAGCUGAUUAAACAGCAUGAUCAUUACACAGAUGCACCUUGUGCUGGGGACAAUAAAAGGCCACUCUAAAAUGUGCAGUUUUGUCACACAAUGCCACUGAUGUGUCAAAUUUUGAUGGAGUGUGCAAUUGGCAUGCUGACUGCAGGAAUGUCCACCAGAGCUGUUGCCAGAUAAUUUAAUGUUCAUUUCUCUACCAUAAGCCGCCUCCAAUGUUGUUUUAGAGAGUUUGGCAGUACUCACAACCAGCCUCACAACCGCAGACCACGUUUAUGGCAUUGUGUGGGCGAGCGGUUUGCUGAUGUCAAUGUUGUCAACAGAGUUCCCCAUCAUGGCGGUGGGGUUAUGGUAUGGGCAUACAUAAGCUACGGAAAACGAACACAAUUGCAUUUUAUCUAUGGCAUUUUGAAUGAACAGAGAUACCGUGACGAGAUCCUGAGGCCCAUUGUCGUGCCAUUCAUCCGCCGCCAUCACCUCGCGUUUCAACAUGAUAAUGCACAGCCCCAUGUCGCAAGGAUCUGUACACAUUUCCUGGAAGCUGAAAAUGUCCCAGUUCUUCCAUGGCCUGCAUACUCACCAGACAUGUCACCCAUUGAGCAUGUUUGGUAUACUUUGGAUAGACGUGUACGACAGAGUGUUCCAGUUCCCGCCAAUAUCCAGCAACUUCGCAUAGUCAUUGAAGAGGAGUGGGACAACAUUCCACAGGCCACAAUCAACAGCCUGAUCAACUCUAUGCGAAGGAGAUGUGUCACGCUGCAUGAGGCAAAUGGUGGUCACACCAGAUACUGACUGUUUUUUCUCAUCCACGCUCCUACCUUUUUUUUAAAGGUAUCUGUGACCAACAGAUCCAUAUCUGUAUUCCCAGUCAUGUGAAAUCCAUAGAUUAGGGCCUAAUGAAUUUAUUUCAAUUGCCUGAUUUCCUUAUAUGAACUGUAACUCAGUAAAAUCUUUGAAAUGGUUGCAUGUUUUUGUUCACCAGUGAUGUUCUGUGAAUAAUUUGCAACCACCAGUAGUCAGGACUCUCUCCACAAAGCCAGCAAGAAGAAGAGCAUCAAGUCCUCCAUUGGACGCCUGUUUGGGAAGAAGGAGAAGGGGAGGAUCGGAGGACCUGGGAGUCAGUCUGCCUCUCUAGGUAAGUCAAUAUAGAGGGUUGACCAUGUGUGUGGUGUGAGGGUAAGAAACAAUGAAAGGUUGCUUGUAUUUUGCACACGAAGUGUUUACUUAUACAGUAUACACUAAUAUACACUGAGUAUACAAAACAUUAAGGACACCUGCUCUUUCCAUGACACAGACUGACCAGGUGAAUCCAGGUGAAAGCUAGGAUCCCUUAUUAAUGGCACUUAUUAAAUCCACUUCAAUCAGUGUAGAUGAAAGGGAGACAGGUUAAAGAAAGAUUUUUAUGUCUUGAGACUAUUGAGACAUGAGCUGUGUUCGAAUACCCAUACUAACAUACUGUAUACUACAUACUUAAUGGGUAUAUACUACAUACUAUAUGCUAGUUCAUUUUAGUAUAUUGUAAACUAACGGUAUCCUUUCAGUUGAGUGUACUAGCGCUUCGCCUGUCUACCAGAAGUUGAUGCUGUUGCUAUGCAACUUCUUGCUAGCUGGUUAGCAUAAUUAACAAAUGACUAGCUAGACAUCUUACGACUUCAUUAACAAUGUCCACUUGUCUGUCGGCCCUGCAUUAAAGACCAUCAUUGGUUAAAGAACAUUGUGAUAAAUAAGAAACUACACCAGUUUCAUUUAAAGACCAAAGGAUUGACAGCUGUCCCAUAUAGAUUGCAAAAUAGUUGGGAAGAGAUUUUUGACGUACCGAUUCCAUGGCAAAUGGUUUAUAAUAAUAAUAAAUAAUAUGCCAUUUAGCAGACGCUUUUAUCCAAAGCGACUUACAGUCAUGCGUGCAUUAUUUUUUUUAUUUUUUUUGUGUAUGGGUGGUCCCGGGGAUCGAACCCACUACCUUGGCGUUACAAGCGCCGUGCUCUACCAGCUGAGCUACAGAGGUAGCUUAGUGGUUAAGAGCGUUGUGCCAGUUACCGAAAGGUCGUAGGUUCUAAUCCCCGAGCCGACUAGGUGAAAAAUAUGUCGAUGUGCCCUUGAGCAAGGCACUUAACCCUAAUCGCUCUGGAUAAGAGCGUCUGCUAAAUGACUAAAAUGUAAAUGUAAUGAACUGAUACGCAAAACGACGCCGGAUUCAAAACUUAUAAUUUUUCAAUUUAAAUUAUUAUACCAAAUUCUUGCUACCAAUAGAAUGUUAGUUAUAUGGGGGAUACAAUCUUCCCAGCUCUGCAGAUUUUGCUGCGAAGAGACUGAAUCAUUAGAUAAUUUGUUUUGGUACUGUCCAUUUGUAGCUUGUUUUUGGUCACAGGUCCAAGAAUGGCUGAAGGAUUGCAAUAUUUACCUGGAGCUAACCCUGCACUACUGGGUGAUCUGAAAAGUCAUAGUCAAUCGAUCAAUAAUAUAAUAAUACUUUUAGCAAAACAUUUUAUAUUCAAUUUACAAUCUGUAGAAACAAUGAGAAUAGAAGGGUUUAGAACUUUUGUGAAACAUCACAGUACAGUUGAAAAAUAUAUGGCAAAUAGAAAUCCAAUAUGGAUGGUGUUAAGAGAUAGAUGGGAGGGGUUGAAUGGAGCUGAAGGUUGGGACUAAUAACAACUAAUAACAACAAAAUAACUAAUGUAAAACAUACUGUGUCCAUAAUAAGUUAAUAGGUUAUAGGUUGAGAACUUUUGUGAAAGAGCACAGUUUGAAAGAUAUGGCAUAUAGAAGCAAACCGGAUGGACAUCAUGAAAAUGAUCGGAGAGGUUGAGAGUAGAAGAAGUAAAAACAAACAAAAUAUAAUUAUUGUAAAAUUGACUGUAAUAAAAUGUAUAUAGUAUGUAUAAGCUGGAAGUAGAUGCCUAAGCAUUGUUGUUCACUAGUUGGGUGGUGGGGUUGGAAAGUAAUAAAGGAACAAAUAUAUUUUUUUAAGGAUAUGUAUAUAUAUGUAUGUAUAUGUAUGUAUUUCUAUGUAUGUAUGUGUAUAUGUACAGUGAGGGAAAAAAAGUAUUUGAUCCCCUGCUGAUUUUGUACGUUUGCCCACUGACAAAGAAAUUAUCAGUCUAUAAUUUUAAUGGUAGGUUAAUUUGAACAGUGAGAGACAGAAUAACAACAAAAAGAUCCAGAAAAACGCAUGUCAAAAAUGUUAUAAAUGGAUUUGCAUUUUAAUGAGGGAAAUAAGUAUUUGACCCCCUCUCAAUCAGAAAGAUUUCUGGCUCCCAGGUGUCUUUUAUACAGGUAACGAGCUGAGAUUAGGAGCACACUCUUAAAGGGAGUGCUCCUAAUCUCAGCUUGUUACCUGUAUAAAAGACACCUGUCCACAGAAGCAAUCAAUCAAUCAGAUUCCAAACUCUCCACCAUGGCCAAGACCAAAGAGCUCUCCAAGGAUGUCAGGGACAAGAUUGUAGACCUACACAAGGCUGGAAUGGGCUACAAGACCAUCGCCAAGCAGCUUGGUGAGAAGGUGAUAACAGUUGGUGCGAUUAUUCGCAAAUGGAAGAAACACAAAAGAACUGUCAAUCUCCCUCGGCCUGGUGCUCCAUGCAAGAUCUCACCUCGUGGAGUUGCAAUGAUCAUGAAAACGGUGAGGAAUCAGCCCAGAACUACACGGGAGGAUCAUGUCAAUGAUCUCAAAGCAGCUGGGACCAUAGUCACCAAGAAAACAAUUGGUAACACACUACGCCGUGAAGGACUGAAAUCCUGCAGCGCCCGCAAGGUCCCCCUGCUCAAGAAAGCAUAUAUACAUGCCCGUCUGAAGUUUGCCAAUGAACAUCUGAAUGAUUCAGAGGAGAAUUGGGUGAAAGUGUUGUGGUCAGAUGAGACCAAAAUCGAGCUCUUUGGCAUCAACUCAACCUGUCGUGUUUGGAGGAGGAGGAAUGCUGCCUAUGACCCCAAGAACACCAUCCCCACCGUCAAACAUGGAGGUGGAAACAUUAUGCUUUGGGGGUUUUUUCUGCUAAGGGGACAGGACAACUUCACUGCAUCAAAGGGACGAUGGACGGGGCCAUGUACCGUCAAAUCUUGGGUGAGAACCUCCUUCCCUCAGCCAGGGCAUUGAAAAUGGGUUGUGGAUGGGUAUUCCAGCAUGACAAUGACCCAAAACACACGGCCAAUGCAACAAAGGAGUGGCUCAAGAAGCAGAACAUUAAGGUCCUGGAGUGGCCUAGCCAGUCUCCAGACCUUAAUCCCAUAGAAAAUCUGUGGAGGGAGCUAAAGGUUUGAGUUGCCAAACGUCAGCCUCGAAACCUUAAUGACUUGGAGAAGAUCUGCAAAGAGGAGUGGGACAAAAUCCCUCCUGAGAUGUGUGCAAACCUGGUGGCCAACUACAAGAAACGUCUGGCCUCUGUGAUUGCCAACAAGGCUUUUGCCACCAAGUACUAAGUCAUGUUUUGCAGAGGGGUCAAAUACUUAUUUCCCUCAUUAAAAUGCAAAUCAAUUUAUAACAUUUUUGACAUGCGUUUUUCUGGAUUUCUUUGUUGUUAUUCUGUCUCUGACUGUUCAAAUAAACCUACCAUUCAAAUUAUAGACUGAUCAUUUCUUUGUCAGUGGGCAAAUAUACAAAAUCAGCAGGGGAUCAAAUACUUUUUUCCCUCACUGUAUGUAUAUGCAAGAGAAAAAAACAUAUGGGGGAUUGGAAGUGAUGCAGACAAUUACAUUGAUGGAAGUUACAAUCUAUCUGCAAUAUUUAAAGCUGAUCUACCCCGUAAAAAAUAAAUAAAUACAAAAAUACUAGGAAAAAAUACAAAAAAACAAUGUCCACUGAGAACACACAAUGACUAUACCAAUUAGCUAAGCUAAGAAUGACGUGAAUAAUCAAGUCAAUAAACGUUGGGGUAGUUAAUUAGAUAGCAUAUAAAUUAGUUAAUAUACUGGCAAGUUCGAUGUAUUAGUAGCCAACUAACUUAAGGAUGGUAGCUAGCUAACAUAUCUGUACAUACAAGCAACUUCUGUAAUGAUAUGCUAUGUGGUUCGUAAGGCUAGCGAAGCUAACAAAUUGUCAGACAUCAUAACAUGUAAUGUAACUUAUUUGAAAAGGCAUUACUUUAUUACAUUGCUCAACGUUUUCUUAAUAUUUGUCAUAAUUUGUUAAAGCAAUGAAUUUGUAUCUGCUCUCGUCGGACUUCGGCUGCAUAUUUUCCACCAUUUUCUUCAAAUCUGAAAAUGUUGUGAAGCCAUGCCCAUUUUCUGAAGAAUUUCAUUAUGGGCCCUAAAAGCACGGAAAUAGUGUCCACUGCUUGUAUACUUCAUAUUUUGGCGAAUGUAGUAUGACAUCCUGGAACUUUUGGCAUGCUAACUAUAUCCAUACUAUGACCAAUAAGCAUACUACAUACUCAUUUUACGUCACAAAUAGUACUGUUAGUGCGGUUAGUAUGAGUAUUCGAACACAGCUAUGGAUUGUGUAUGUGUGCCAUUCAGAGGGUGAAUGGGCAAGACAAAAUAUUUAAGUGCCUUUGAAUGGCGUAUGGUAGUCGGUGCCAGGCGCACCAGUUUGUGUCAAGAACUGCAAUGCUGCUGGGUUUUUCACGCUCAACAGUUUCCCGAGUGUAUCAAGAAUGGUCCACCACCCAAAGGACAUCCAGCCAACUUGACACAACUGUGAGAAGACAUUAGAGUCAACAUGGGCCAGCAUCCCUGUAGAACACUUUUGACACCUUGUAGAGUCCAUGCCCCGACUAAUUGAAGUUCAACUAAAUAUUAGGAAGGUGUUCCAAAUGUUUGAUAUACUUAGUGUACGCAGUUAUACCAAGAAGAAAAAAAAUCAACCAAGGUAGCUACUUUCUAUGUUUUUAGAAGAAAAACAAAUGAUUUAUUACAAGACAGAUUGUCCAGUAAUCAUGUGGAGUAGUUUCUCACAUGACCUUUGACCUCUCCCUCAGCCUCCACGCCCUCUGAUGACCUGGGCACAGCCGACCCCCUGGGCCUGGCCAAGAUGGGAACUGGCACCGUGGAGAAAGAUCGCCGCAGCAAGAAGAAACACGACCUGCUAGAAGAAGCAUGUCGCCAGGGUCUACCCUUUGCUUCAUGGGAUGGCCCCACCGUGGUCACCUGGCUUGAGGUAUGAUGUCUCAUUGGUGAACUAUCUGGGAGAAAAUCAUGUGCACUGUUUUUCCUUGAAGGUGCCUCAUCUUACUAUGAAUUAAUCUGAAUAAUGUACAUGAUGAACAUAUUAAAUUCAGCCUUAUUGGCAGGGAAUAUGUGUGUAAAUAUUCCCAAAGCAGAAACAUCUUCUCCCUCCUCUUCCUUUUCCUCUUCCUCUUAGUUGUGGGUGGGUAUGCCCGCCUGGUAUGUUGCGGCGUGUCGUGCCAAUGUGAAGAGCGGUGCCAUCAUGGCCAACCUGUCGGACACAGAGAUCCAGCGGGAGAUUGGCAUCAGUAACCCCCUGCACCGCCUCAAACUGCGCCUGGCCAUCCAGGAGAUGGUGUCCCUCACCAGCCCCUCGGCACCGGCCAGCACACGCUCCGUAAGUGUUACAGCAUAUACACGCACAAACACGCACACAAACAUUAGCGUAUGCUCAGUAACAUACUUGCUACAAAUCCAGAAGUUUGAAUAAGUCUGAGGGAAAAUGUAUGCAAACUGUAAUCAUAUCCUUAUUCUUUUCCCAUCUGAAUCUCAAAUUGUCCUCGAUGACAUCACAGUCGACCAGUGAUAUAUGGAUGACUCAUGCUGAAAUGGAGUCACUGACCGCUGCCAUAAAACCAGUAAGCUGUUUUGCCUAUCUCUCUCUUUUUGUAUUUGCUUUAAGUUCUCCUACACACAAUCUCAUUUCAAAAGUGAUUUAAUCUAUGUUAGACAAAUUACGACAUCCCAAGACUUUCGUCCAACUAAAUUAUCUAACAAUAUUCUAUUAAUUCCAAACUGUAUAAGAAUUGAUAGUACACAUCCAACUUGCUUGAAAUCAACAAGCAACUUGAGACUAUGCUGAAUGAAAUUCCAUUUAUGAUUUGUUUUCUUUGUCUUUGUCUCUGAUUAGGCAUGUGUCGCUGCACCUUUUCCCCACUACUCCCCCAAAUUCUCUUUGAGUGUAGUGUUUCUCAAACUAAUUUUCAUUCACUAACAAACUAUUCCUCCUUCUGCCCCUCCUUCCUUCCAUCUUCUCCUCUCCAUAACGCCUCCUGUCAUUUACCGUAAAAACACAUCCUGGCAAUCGUUCCUUCUCCCUCUCCCUCCAUCUCUAUCCCUUUUUCUCUCUAUCCCUUUGUUUUGCCUCCACUGAAGGAAGUGAAGGAGUUCAGCUGGGACCAGGUGAGAUGUUGUUGUAGUUUUUGUCAUGAAUAUUAUUGUCAUGAUCAGGAAAUUAAAUCAAUGAUAUCACAUUGCAAACAGACCAUAAAUCCCAUGCAGCAAUACUUGAUCAAAACUGUUACAGACUUUUAGUCCGCUUCAAAAUAAAGUUUCCACUAUACUCAGGACCAGGCUUGAGGUUAACUCUAUCUCACAGGAGAUUUUGGAAGGAGAUUUUGAAAAUGGAAAUAAACUGUCUCUCAAAGGACAUCAAUUCUCUCUCUCUCUCACUCUCUCUCUCUUUUUUUUACCCUCUUUUUCUCUAUCUCUUCCCUCCAUCCUUCUCUCCCUCUUCCCCUAUCUAGAUCCUUGCCUAUGGGGACAUGAACCAUGAGUGGGUAGGGAACGAGUGGCUUCCCAGCCUGGGUCUGCCCCAGUACCGCUCCUACUUCAUGGAGUCCCUGGUGGACGCUCGCAUGCUGGACCACCUCACCAAGAAGGAGCUUAGGGGACAGCUUAAAAUGGUGGACAGCUUCCACAGGUUGGAUUCAAAUCAUUUCAAUCAAUGUUUACUGUCAUCCAAAGGCAAUCUGUGAAUGGAAGCAGAUUCAUGCCAAAAAUGUUGGUAUGGAUUUGGCACAAAUCUGCUUCCUUAAUUUGUGUGCCGCAUGAAAACAUCAAAGGAAAUAAACAGCAAAGAUGCGUAGGGGAUGGGAAUAUUAAGUGAAAGGGCAUCUUGUCUAGUGUCCUCUGCUUAGUUACAUAUUUCUACCGAUGGUUUUUCCAUGUAUUUCUUAUCAACAUUUCUUUCAUUCCUCUUCUAUAUUCAAGAGUUCUUCUUUUCUCUUCUCUUCUCCACUUUAGUUUGUCUGCAUCAGGAUUUUACUGCGGUUGUGUGUUUGGUUGUAAGGACAUCGACAGUAACACUAUCUCUUCUCUUUCGCUUUCUGCGGGCGAGAGCUCUAGGUCGAGGGAGAGCGAGGAGGAGGCGAGAGAGAGCGAGAGGGAGGAGAGCGCGGAGAGAGCGAGAGACGAGGAGCUACGAGAGAGAGAGAGACAGAGAGAGCGAGAGACUCAGAGCGCGAGAGAGCGGAGCGCGCAGAGAGAGAAAGGAGCGAAGAAAGGGAGAGAGAGCAGAGAGGAGAGAGAGAGAGAGAGAGAGAGAGAGAGAGAGAGGAAGAGAGAGAGAGAGAUCUUCUCUCUCAGGAGUCGAUCUCGCCUCUCUCUCUCUCUCUCUCACUCUCUUCUCUCUCGCUCUCUCUCUCUCUCUCUCUCUCUCUCUCUCUCUCUACUCUCUCUCUCUCUCUCGCUUCUCUUUCCUCUUCCUCUCUUUUCUCUCUCUCAGGGUAAGUCUGCAUUAUGGCAUCAUGUGCUUGAAGCGUUUGAACUACGACAGGAAGGAGCUUGAAAGGAGGAGGGAUGAGAGCCAACAUCAGAACCAAGGUGAGAAUACUGUACACAGGUAACUUGAGACGUAACAUAUUUCGGGGCUCGUUUGGACUUUGAUAUUGCAAAUGAUUGUUGUAUGGCAAACAAUUCUAUUCCUUCUGUCUCUCAAAUGCUCCUUUUCACUGUAUUUGUAACCCCACUUGAUUGUUGUUGUAAUACCUGAGUCUUUCUGCCCCUCCGUAGAUGUGAUGGUAUGGUCCAAUGAGCGAGUGAUGUGUUGGGUCCAGGCCAUUGGGCUAAAGGAGUUUGCAGAUAACCUCACAGAGAGUGGGGUCCAUGGGGCCCUCCUAGCACUGGAUGACACGUUUGACUACACUGACCUUGCCCUGCUCCUCCAGAUACCCAAUCAGAACACACAGGUACCUUACCUUCCUGCUAUAGAAGUCCAGUCAGAACAUGCGGGUACUCACCACUAUGCUAUCCAGUCAGAGCACAGGCACUCAAUUCUACUAUCGUAGUCUAAUCACAACAACCCUCAUUCACCACAAUCACCAACCUACUUAAUUUGCCUUACCUACAGUUGUUUGGUCAUUCAAUUUUAAUCAAGAUAAUCUUAAUCAUGAAAUCCCCUUCAUAAUCUUAAUUAUAAUCUUAAAACAUUCAUUAUUUCUCUCCCAGGCGAGGCAGAUGCUGGAGAAGGAGUACAAUGCCCUCAUCUCCAUGGGAACUGAGAGAAGGCCAGAUGAGGUAAAACAAAUUUAAAAAAUAUAGUUGCUACGUAAGACUAUUGCUCAUGAAGAUAGGCAAUAUUUUCAAGAUAGGCAGUUUGUUUCAACCAACAUUAACUGUUUGGGGGGUGCUUAUAUUUGUCCUGUUACACACAAGUGUGUAAUGGAAAUGUGUUUUUUUGCAUUUCCCAACUCCGCCUGAGACACCUGCAGGGAGUGGCUUCAAGGCCAGGGUCGCCAUUGUACAGCGAGCGACCCUGGAGUAAUUAGGGUUAAGUGCCUUGGUCAAGGGCACAGCAAAAAAAUGUUUUUCCUUGUCGGCUCCAGUAUUCGAACAAGCAACCUCAAGGCUACCUACCCAUGUGCAUGUAUUUUUUCCACAUGCUGUUUCUUUAGUAUACCUAACAAGCACUUGGGAAAUCGAAUGAAUUUCAUCGUACGAUAUUGUUUGUGUGUCAAUCCUCUGCGUCUCGUUGACAGGACGGCACUAAGACGUUCACACGCUCGCCCUCGUGGAGGAAGAUGUUCAGAGAGAAGGACCUCCGGGGCGUGACCUCUGACUCCUCAGAAACAUUACCCGCCAACUUCCGUGCCUCCGCCAUCUCCACGCCCUCCGUCACCCUGAGGAAAGUCCAGAGUGAAGGUGAGGUGGUCCUCUUCUUCAUGUCCUUCCCACUGGAAACCUGCUCUAUGAGUCAUUGGUUCCAUGCUGAUCACUAAUUUCAGUGUUAUUGACUGGAAGUCUAGUGUCAUUGACAGGUGUUUGAAAAUCGUAAUGCUGUCUGUUUCAGUGAACUCUGGGCCCAGGGGUGAGUCGGGGUCAGUGAGAACAUAUUCCUGCUAG